AUAUAACCUUUAAAUCGGAUACUAAAGAACUACAUUAUUUUUAAAUCUAGUUGAUUAACAUUACAAUGAAAGUGCGCAACGAUUUUAUACCAAAAACAUUACAAGAUUUCCUAGUUACCACGUUUGUGUCCAUAAUAAUACCUAUAGUGUACUGGUUUGAAAUAUUUGAAGUAUUGCCAACAUUCUACAACCAAUGGCAUGGGUGGUACAACUUUCAUUUCAUCCUGGGCACAUUUAUAUUGUUCAACAUAACAACAAAUUUCAUUGGUGUUAUUCUGAUCGACACAAGCAUCAGGGGAUUAAUGCUCCCAAGCAAACCAGAAAAAAACUGGCGAUUCUGUGCAGUUUGUGAGUGUGUUGCACCUCCUCGAUCAUGGCAUUGCAAUAUAUGCAAGACUUGUAUUCUUAAGAGGGAUCAUCACUGCAUAUUUACAGGAUGCUGUAUUGGGCAUAAUAAUUUUCGUUACUUUUUCAUGUUUGUAAUCUACAUAUUUGCUGCCACUUUAUAUGCAAGCUAUUAUAACAUUUUCUACAUUUACAACUCAGUCGAGUUGGGUUCAUAUAUGUCUAUUUUAAAAUUAGUAUUUCCUUUGGCUAUGAUAUUUGUGGAAUACACAAUGAAUCAAUUGUUCCUAUUUUUGGUACUGAUAGUCACUGUGGGCUGUGUUUUCACAGGUGUGUUGUUUUACUUUCACACCAACCUAAUGAUAAAUGGAAUGAUAACUUAUGAGAGAAAGUUCAAAGAUAGAUUCUAUGAUACUGGCACACUAAACAACCUUGCAAUUUGUUUAGGAGAAAGAUGGUAUUUGACAUGGAUAUCACCAUUUGUGCAGAGCAACUUAACACAUGAUGGUGUUAACUGGGUGGCACAAGACACAAAUAAAUCAAAAUAAAAAUGUGAUUUAUUAUAACAAGUGCUCACUUUUUUUAAUCUGAUAUUUGUACAAAACUAUUAUGUGCCCAGAACUAAAAGUGGGACCAAAACAAACGCCAAAUCAUUGGACUAGUAAAUGUUCACAACUAUCAAUUUAUAUGUAUAUUGUAUCAAAAACAUAUUCUUAAAUAUAUUAUGUACUUAACAGUUGUUUAUUUCACAUGAAGUAUUUACAUUGUAAUUCUAUUGCUGUUGAUUAAUUGUUUUACUAAACAUUGUAUAGCUUAAUGGCAAAUUAAAGUCAGGAAAGCACGACGUAAACUUUUAUACCACCAUCAAUGGUAAAUCUUAUAUAAAAUUAUGCAUCUUAAAUAAUAAAAUCACAAUUUGUAUCAAAUCUGAACUCGAUUGUAUGCACCACAAACAUUUGUGCAAUAAAUACAGUAAAUAUUAUCCGUAA